AGACUAUAUCAUCAUUCAUUCUUCAUUCAAUAUAUGGGCUCAUCCUUUUCUACUAUGAUCGGCUGUGGUGAACCAACUUCAAGAACUCUCCGUGAGCCCAAGACCCUCGCUAUGAUAGGUGCUCCUAUAUCCGAUGGUCAGGACUACGACUCAGAGUUGACAAGGCUCCCCCAAGCCCUCAGGGAUGGUGGUCUCGAAGCGGUCACCAAAGAGGUAGGCUGGGCCUUCGAGGAUCGUGGUGAUCUCGACUUUGAUCUAUUAGCCAACACACCAGUCUCUAAUGCUCCAUUGGUGCCGUCUUCUCGAGCCGCCAUUCCAUAUUAUGACAAUGCCAAAAUCAAGAACUGUGAAAAAAUCGGUCGGGCAUGUGGACAUAUAUUUGAUGCAGUGUAUAAUGCAGCCAGCGAGGGUAAGUUUGUCUUGACUGUUGGUGGUGAUCAUAGUCUGGGAUGUCCUACUAUUGCUGGUAUCAUGCGUGCUCGACCAGAAACUUGUGUCAUCUGGGUCGAUGCUCAUGGCGAUUGCAACCAUCCCGAGACCAGUCCAUCUGGGAACUACCAUGGUAUGCCUGCUGCCCACGUAAUGGGGUGGUUUGAAAAGCGAGCUAGAGGUUUCGAAUGGCUGGAUGAACAUCUAUCCCACCCAUUGAAGGAAGAUAGGAUCGCAUUCAUUGGCCUGCGAGAUAUCGAUCCCGAGGAGAGGAGGCUCCUAAGACAAUCCCGUGUCAAGUGUUUCACCAUGACUGAUGUCGAUCGCUUGGGUAUCUCAGCGGUUAUGGAGCAAGCUUUAAAGCAUAUUAAUCCAAGAGGCGAUCGUCCUAUCCACCUCUCUCUCGACAUUGAUGGCAUAGAUCCAGUCAUUGCCCCGGGUACGGGUACGAAGGCUAAGGGCGGUCUUACCUAUAGAGAAUCUCAUUACAUCUGUGAGAGGUUGGCCAUGACAGGACAGUUGGGCAGCAUGGAUCUCGUGGAGAUCAACCCCAUUAUGGAUAUGGAAAUUCUGCGGAAAUCCCGUGAUAUGAGCAGUCCGAAGACGUCUCCGAUACAGUCAUGUAGUGGGGAUUAG